AUGUCCGGAAUGUCCGCAAGUUUAAAUACUCAAAAAUGGAAAGCACUUAAUUUAGCAUGGGAAAAAGCACCCUUUAAAAUCGAAGUGAAAGUGACUAUGUUACUGGAAGAAAAUAAAACUGUUAUUGCUCUAAGAGAAAACAUAUUCAAGAAGCUUAAUGUUAAUCAAGCCAAGCAAAAGUUAAUAUAUAAUGAUGAGGAGUUGCAGGGGAUACAUCUUGGAGGAGAUAUGAUUAUGCAUCUGUUUAUUACCCUUCUUUCCCUCACACGAAACAUUUUGGAUAUGAUCGAUCAUUCCAAUAAGCGAGGUCAGGCCGAAUUUUCACAAAGCUUGAUCAGCUUCCACCAGAAGUUACUCAACUUUACUUUGUCCGUAGUUCACGGAAGUCACCUACAAUUGGUCAUUUUCGUAAUCCAACCUUUAGACAAUAUGAUGAAUCGCAAAAAAGCUGUUAUUUCUCAUGCAAUCAUUAUGUGUUGUAUAUCAAAGGUUGGUCAAGGGAUGUGGAAAUUUAUUCAAAUUGGAAAGUUAUCAGCAGGAAAUGUUAACGAUUAUGACCCCAUCAAAAUUAGCAUCGGUGAAUGCGCUCUACAUGGAUGA